ACUACCAAAAGUAAAAAAAAAUAAAAAUUGUCUAUUUAGCAAGAAACGUAACAGGAAGAAGAUCGGAGAAGAAAUGGCGAGCAACACCGAGAAGAUGUCGUACCACGCCGGCGAGACCAAGGGCCAAGCUCAGCAGGAAAAGGCGAGCGGGAUGAUGGACAGGGCAGCGGGCGCAGCGCAAUCUGCAAAGGAAUCGGUGGCAGAAGCAGGAGGGCAGAUGAAGGCCAAGGCUCAGGGAGCAGCUGAAUCCGUCAAGGACGCCACUGGGAUGAACAAGUCUAACUAACCCAUCACAUCCUAAUCCUAUCACAAUCCGUCCCGCCAAAAAUAAAAUUAAAACAAAUCGCUUUUUUUUUAAAUCUUCUUCUUUCAGUUUCUUUUCCCAGCCAUGGCGGGUUUGUUUUGUUAGUAGAAUAAUGUAACUCAGAAAAAGACUAGAGGAUCGAUCACUGUGGUACUGAUCUCUCUCUCUCUGCCGCCCUCUCUACAUAUAUCCAAUCAUGUAAUUCAGAUAUGAAAAAAAAGAAAGCAAAAAGAACUUCUUGUCGUCAUCACUCUUAUGUAUAUUGAUUUCUUUUGUUCGAACAAUUAGCUAAUCAUUAUUUUCAGUACAUCCUCAACUGUUUUUAUUGGUUCAAA